AUGCCUAUUCCAACACACAUGCGACCUCUUCCCCUUCUUCCACAAUUUAAUAACCGUGACGCUGUGGGACAUCCUCAUCCACUGGCAGACCCGAUUCGAGGUUCCAUGUCGCCCACUUCACCUAAUCGUCAGAGUCAAAGUCACGCUUCUCCUCGGAACACCAAUUUCGAAGACAAUCAUAAUCACCAUAACCACCAUCAAACCCCGAUUGAACAUCCACUGCCCGCUCGACCACAAGAUGAUCAUUCGCAAGAAUCAGAUCCGAUUCUUCCUCCUCCUUCGCAUCAGCAACAUCGGCAACAUCAUCAUGUUGACCUUCCUCAAAGUCCCACUUCCCCUAGGGAUGGUCUUCAUCAUAACCAAUACGAUAGACACUCUGCGAUUCGAAACUCCGCUGUUCAUGAUCAUGCGCAUCCUUACAACACGGAACAAUCUCUUCCUGCACCACCACCCAAAUCACCCAAGUCACCCACUACUCUUUCGAAAAGACUCCUGACUGCUCUCGCCAGCAAGCCUACUAUAAGCAAAACAUGGGAGAAGAAGUCGUACACCGAUCAAUUGGGAAGCAAUGCACCUUUGGACGACCGCUUCAGCCGUGGCGAUGUCAACUUACAAGAAUACUCAUCACUCAAAUCUAGACCAAUAUCAUUUUAUGCUUCUCCAGCCGAAAUAGCAGCUUUUAAACCCUUACCUUUGGUCGAAGGUCACUUCCCUCAUGAGCAUGCACAUUCAACUCCGCCUCUUCCUGCUUCACCGAUGAGAGGUUAG